CGCAUGGGCAAACAACGUCACCGGUUAUUACGCUACCACUGUAGGUAUCACGUGACACGCACAACUCCCUUGUAUCGAAAUGAGGAGUUGAGACGUUUUACUUUUUCCUGACAGAUUCUGCCCAUGCAGCAGACACAGGUGACUGAAGACGAUGGAUGGAUUUUCCAUGAGAAUUCCAGAGGCCGUGUGUCUCGGUGCCAGCCUUACCCUUUCAGGCAUCUGCUUUUAUCUGUACAGGAAGAGUCGGACAACAGUUGACAAACUUGAUGAUGCACCACAUUUCCCUAUAGACAGAAAUCUCAACGACAUUUUGAAAGUAACUCCAGGAGCAUGUCUACAAUAUGUGGUCAUUGAAGGUGCUGUGCAACCAGUAGGCGAGACUCUUGUAAGUCACUUCCACAAAGAAAUUACUGGUGUGUUGCAGAAAUACCUUUUGAGACAACAGCGCCUGGUGUGGAAUCCUUUUUCAAGAACUUGGACAGACAGUGAGAAAAUAACACUGCAGAGAAUGAAUGAAGUGCCCUUCGUCUUAGUGGGUUCAGAUCAGACAGCAGUUAAAGUCCUGUGUCCUGUGCAAGCCUCUGGAACCCAUAUGGAGAUCAUCCACGAGAAGUUUCAUCAGGUUAAUUACAGCUUAGGUGACAUCGUAGGACAGUACCUCACUGGGGAGAAACUUAAAGGACAACUGGAGACUGAAGAAAUGCUCAAGGUGGGUAAAACUCUGACCGGUGUUGGUGAGUUGAUCAUGGACACAGACGGCUCCCUCAAUCUCCGCCCUCCUUCUAAUAGCUCACAUUACUUUUUGAGCAUCAUGGACUUUGACACUCUGAAACAGGAGCAGAAGGAUAUGGUCCUUUGGUGGAAGAUGGUAGCCAUCGCCUCCGUCGUAGUGGGUGCAGCGGUCGUCUUCUCGGUCGGUUGGCGCUACUACAAACAUCUAAAACACAGACGAAAUCUCGAGCAGGCCCGCAAGGAAUUUGAAAGACUGACAGCUGAAGCCUCUGGAGCACCUCCUGCUGGAGCAGCAGAUGAUCUCGUAGAGAACGCCUGCAUAAUUUGCCUCAGUAAUCAACGAAACUGCAUCCUGCUUGACUGUGGCCAUGUUUGCUGCUGCUUCAGCUGCUACCAGUCUCUGCCACGACACCUGUGUCCCAUCUGUAGACAGGACAUCAGGAGAGUGGUGCCACUGUAUCAUGUGUAAAACACCUCAAAUCUAAAAGCUGCAUCUUUAAUCUCCUCAUUGGUUUGAAGGACGUUAAUCAACAUACUGUAUAAAGUUUAUUUAAAAUAAUCAGUAAUAAAGGACAGUGUCAUUUUUGAGGUAAAUAAUUGUGCAAAUAAAUGUUCGUGCUGAAAACGUUAUUUUUCUACAUAACCCUGUGCCUACAUUGGUAGGUUAGGUAACUGCUGCUGCCUCUGUGUGACGGUACUGUAUGUAAAUAACAUUCCUGACAUAAGGUGAUUUGUUGACAGAAUAUUAUGUUUAUCAGGACUUGGAUGCAGUGUGUGAAAAACUUUAUUGGUAAAAUAAAAUCGAUUUAUAUUAACAUUCUAUAAUUUUUCUAUAUAAAAUUAUAUAAAUAUUACCAUUAAUAUUAAUAUUUUUUCCUAUGUUAGCACAUUUCCCAGAUAUCCUGGUUGUAAACAUUCAUACAUGUACCACCGUUGUACGUGGCCUAUGUAUUUACAAACUUGCAGUGAGUUGCAGUAAAUGCACACUAUAACUACUUAACAUCAGGAAGUGCUUUAUUCCUGAAUAGACGUGUUAUUCACAUUACUCUCCCAGUGACAUUAAUGAGUAGCAUUAGCACACACUCACACACACACACACAAUCACAAAGUGCUUGUUGACAACACCUGGUGUUUAAAAGGAUUUUGGUGUGGUGAGUCACGUGCCGUGCUAUUUCUGUCAUUCUGACAGUCGGUGAAAAGACUUGAAGGGCUGCAGACAGAUGGAAAGCAAAGAGGCACCCAUGUGUGUUUGGCUUGGUGGAGGUAAAGGAGGGCGGUGCAAGGUGAGGAGUGGGGCAUCGGGGCUGAGUGUGGGGUGUAAAUAGAGCAGGUGGGCGACAUAGGAUCCCAUAAAUCUUCCUCAGCAGUCAUAAGGGCUCACACUGACACAUUCUUUAUGAGCCCUCUCAGCAGAACAGCAGAUGUGUCUCUCGGGGAACAGACUAUUUCUGUAGCAGCCACAGACUUCAGACAGCAUGGAUGAGAGCAAUUAGAUGAGAUGAGAGGGUUUAGAUGUGUUGACUUCAGAGAAAUUAAUGAUUUGAAUUGGAUUAGGAGAGAGAGUUUUUCUCACAUAGGCCUAUAGGGACGUAAAUGCUUUAAAAAGUACAUUCAAACAUAAUAUAAUGUUUGGCACCGUAAAAAUUAGUCAGUCUGAACUGGGAUAAGAAUUUGAUAUUUCUACCACAAGGUGUCCACAUUUGUUCACUCACAAGCUGCAGCACUGGACUGACUGUGAGGGAGAACAGACGACUGAAAGACUUCUAUCAGCUUUUCAAAUAAAACCAUUGCUUUGUAUUGAGCAUUUGUUUGUUUGUGCAAUUUAUUUCAAAUAUGCAAAUAGAACAUGGCUUCUUGACUACCAUCAAAAGACAUGAUCUAAUUUACAAGGGCAUUACAACUCAUACAGUAAGGACACUCGUAUAUAUAAAAAAAAAACAAAACAUUUUUUACCUUGCUGAUGUCUCACAGCUUAAUAUUACUAGAUGCACUUCCUGAUGUCAUCCUCUAGGGGCUGGAGUAUGAAAAACAAUCUAUGUUUAGGAUCCCCCCUGAGGAACACCAGGGCACAAAGUUGGAUUAUAAAUCCAAUGGUUAAAUGGAACACAGGCUCCCAAACCGAAAUAGAACAUAUAUGAUAUUUCUAUAGCAUAAUGUCAACUGUAAUUGUAUAAAGUUAAGCCUAAAUCAUAUUCCUCACCUCUGUGUUUUAUUUAUUUAGGGACUUAAUUUUGUUUAGGACUUAACAUAACAGAAAAAUAAGAGUUUCUCUCUUUGAAACUCCGAUCCUUGACAAUUCAGUCACAAUGCCUUCAUUUGAAUGACCUGUGACGUGACAGGCACAUGAUUAUCAAAAGCCUUGUCUCUAUUUGUGUGUGACUCAGAUCAGUGGGAUGGGGUGGAGUGUGCUUUGACUUUGGCUGUCAGACAUUAGCAGACGCUCCAGCAGACAACAGGGAGAUGUGGUUUCUCAGGAGGGAGCGCCAUCACAGCAUGCAACAGUCCCUGACGCCAAUUACCGCUGUCACCCAUCUGCUUCGACCGUGCAGCCAUAACAUAAGACAAAUGACCUACUUCCCAGCAGAGGCGUAACCACACAGGGACUUUUUUUUAUCAACAAACUGAUCCUGGGUUGGUCCCAUACAAACACUGGUCUGUUCGGCUCUCCAAGAUAAGCAGAUUAUGUAGGAUUGGUUUUGAGUCGGCCAUUUCUUUUCAAUAGAAGGACAACAGUGGACUUACAAUAGAGACAUUGAAAAUUAAAAAUCAGACUUCAACCCUAACUCGAACAUGUAUCACAAAUGUUCACAGUGAAAUAUAACCUCUGUUAACUUACAAACGUCAACGUUGAGACAUAACAUCCAAUAUGACUGCAAAACACGAUAGGUUAUUGACUGGUUAAAUAACAAAAAAAUCCCUAGCUAUAAAUACCAAGAGACAAUGACAGAUAUACACUGAGAUUGUCCCAGUUAUGCAGGGUCACGAUGUAAUUCUGCUACUAAUAAGACGAUCCAUAAGUGAGGAAGUAAGGGCUAAAAAUGCCUGUCUCAGCAAAACAUUUUGAAUUUGUCUUUGAGAGUCAGUAAGACAGCGGAAGGACACAUCCCUGACUUUGGCCACAGUAUUGAUGUAAAUUGACUCAGUCAAUAAAUACGGAGCAGCGUCAUGACUUAUUUAGAUUUGUUUUUGAGCUCAAGGUGGAAAAGGAUCAUUAGGGUGAGAGAUAAUAAUUUACCUUAAGGUCAGGGGUUCAAUCCCUGGGUAUUCUUAGUGAGGUUUUUCACAAAAGUCUGAUUAUCGAAUUGCUUUUUGUCCACAGUGUAGCCUUAAAGACAAACAGACAAAAUUAUAAUAAGCCAAUAAACACCCGUCAGUUCCAGUUACACUGAGUAUUUGUCCUCAGCCAGUGAUCUACAGGCUGGAGCUCUGCCAAUGUUCUUACAAUCUUUUUUGGAGGGGAGGGUGUUUAUGUGGGAAAACAAACAGCAUUAAUCUUUGUGACGUCAGUUCGUUUCACAACUGCAGCUGGUGCGUCUUUCUGCUUAUGCUCUCAGUUACAUUUUUAGCCUUUUUAUGAUACCUGCUCCCCCCCUUCUCUCCCGCUCUCUCCCUCUCUCACACACAAACACACAGAACUGAUACACAAAACAAUUGAUCCUGGCUCUGAGUUGCAGGCCUGUUAGCGGUGUUUUUCCUCAGCUAGUGCUUCUCAAGGAGCAAAGUGUGUGUAAAUUUGGUAGAGCUUGUUCUGCCCUGGGGGAGAACAUGGGGAGAGGGGUAAGUGACUCAGCACACUGAAAUUAUUUGUAAUUGGAGGCAGCGCUUCAGGAGCACACACACACACACACACACACACAGGGGUGUUUUCGUUAGAUAUUAUGCCAGUCAGUUUCAAGGCCAGAUCGUUGACAACUGCUGUCGACUAGAGAGGAAUCAAAGGUCACUCGAACCAAAGUGUGACCAAAUGAGGGGCCUUUACUUUCAAGUCCGCUACCUUAGAGGCAGUGCAUUAUCAGAGGCUUAGGUAAGACAGAAAAAAAAAACCCAGCAGCUUUUUUAAAAAUAGUGAUCCUACCAUGUCAGGUGGGAUCUCUCCCUCCGCUGUCUAACUUUGUCACGGAGCAAUGUCGUCAUGUGAAUUCACUGGCCCCUGCUUGAACCGGGCUGCAUUAAUCAGAUGCUCUAUGUGUCGACAGCCAGUAGCUGCUACUUUAUGGGCAGUCGAAGCUUUGUGAGUCAUCUUGGAAGAAAUUACAUUUAGACAGAGUAGUAGGUGCAUGAUUUAUGGUGGAGUGACGAUCGAAGACAGAGACAAAUCAAAUCCAAUCUGUUUCCUUCCCAAACCACAAAUUCACAAAUUCACUUUACAAUCUUUAUGUGAUACAGACGACACCUGACCUAAAACCCUAACCUUUAUACAGUAAGAAACAACCCCCAGACCAAAAAAAAUGAAAGAAGAGGUGAAGAAUUAAAGAAGAAAGGUUUGGCAUUGUGUAUCAGUAUCUGAUCAUAAUUCUUGCAACUCAUUCCAUAAUUUUGCAAAUGUUGCUAAUGGCACUCCUUGAAACGCAGCCAUAAGCCAUUACAGCUCAUAUACAUAAUAUUUAAGAACUGUAAAUGCCAUGGCUGACAUGGCCUUUUUGAUGAUAUGUUACAAAUAGCAAUAUUCUAACAAACACUUCUAAAACCUGUUGUUGAUGCUCAAGAAAAAGUCUUAUUAUUUUGCGUGCCGUUACUACUACCUUAAUACUGCUCUUGAGCUACAGGUCCACGUUGUGUCUCUUUGUGAACCAGGGAUUCCCAGGCAGCACUUCAGCAGAGGUUUUUCCAUGUUUAUAGUCCGGUCAGCUGGUCCAAGCUGUUAAACCAAGGUUGAUCUAAUAAUAAACAUUCUGUCGCUUUAAUAUUCUAGCGUUUAUGAUGCACCAUAUGCUGUUAGGACAGCAGGUUGUACAAAUGUUGUCAAACAGCAGGGGAAAUUUACCGGACAUUGGACAGAGUUAAUAUAUUAAUCAGCUCUGUCCGUGGUGCUGAAAUGAUGCACAUCGAUUUACCUGAACCAAACAGGACUGGCCCAAGAAACCAUCAUGCUUAUGUAAUAGUAAUGUCAUUUCAUUUCAAAGUAGAAAGUAUAAGUAAACAUAUAUUUAAUAAAAAGAUGACAGAGCUCCUUAUGAUGUCACGCAUACAGAACAUAAUGCCUUGGAGAAAAUCCUAUGUCCUCUGAAUGACUCUGGGCUUGCAGACAUUAUCAAGGUUAUUGAACUGAAUUCCAAGAACAGAGUUUGACAGUGGCACCAGACCCAAGUCUCUGACAGGUCUUUUUAUACAAAUGUACGGAGGUCUGAGAAUUCAGGUUGUCCUACAGAAGAGUGUCUACAUUUACUGACUCACUGACUUACUGAACUGAAUGUUCAGAAUAUUCAGCAGCACUCCUCAAGGCAGGUGCUGGCACCGACAUGUCCUUCCAAAAGAAAGAAUACAGAACAGAGACAAAUCAGUCUGAUUUAGAGGUUACCUUUGAAGCUGAAUCUUAAAAUGGAAUAAUGCACUGUCAUGGUCAUCUACUGGAUGUCUCAGCAUCCUGUAUGAAAAUGUUUUCACCUUGUUCAGACCUUUGGCUUUAUACAGAACAUGUGUGUGUUUACAUACUUAAUUAUAAUAUCUAAUACCUGUUAUCAGUAUGUGUUAGCGUUUUCUGCACCUCUGUCUUGAGUAGAAGUGGAGUUGUUUCUUUCUUUCUGUAAACUUCCAUUCCUAUGAAGGACUUUUACACCUCUUAUUUUUCAGACAGUUGAAUCACAGACAAAACAAGGCAUUAACUAGCGUCUAGCCAGGUGUUCUAGAAUCCUUAGACACAUUUUAUUACUUUUCUGUAACAUUUCAUCAUGUUACAGAAUCGCUCAUCAUUUCCCUCUGCCUCAGUUCCUGAAGCGCUGUCAUAUUGUGACACUUUCUUCAUACCAUCCUUGUGAGGACUGACUGUCUGUGUCUCUGUGUUAAUGUAACUACGUUCACCUGUGCCGUGGGUUUUUCUUGUACUUCAGUCUCACUCCUCUGACCCAGUUCAUUUAAAGUUCUUACCAAAACAACAGAGAAAUUAAUUUGAUGUUUCUGAUUGUUUUAAAAAUACAAAAAGGCAAUUUUGUUUCUAGCCUGAUGGUGUCGCUCUUGGCCCUCUACUACUGGAAGUCAAAACACACACACAGACACAAAUACACACAGACGCACACACACACACACAGUGCUCUUCAAACCCGGAUGGAUGACUUCAUCCCUCAGCCUGGGUUUCCUUUAUGAUCCCGGGAUCUCCCACUUCCCUCAGCAGACUCCAUCCAGCAGCAGUGAAGAGAACAUCUCACUCCUUCACCUCCUCUCUCCCUCACUCUUUCUCUCCUUCUGACACACACAUACAUACACACACACACACACACGCACAUAUACCAGCGUCUCUACCUGCAACUGCAACACAUUCA